UGAAAAUAAAACCGUGUACAGUUUUGUUCCUUUACUUUAUGUUCUGUGCUUUGACAAUCAUUGCAAGCACAACAUGUGAUGGAAAAAGCGGGGUAACAUGCUGUUUUGGAUACAAAUGGAGCAACGAACGCCAAAAUUGCAUCAAAUGUAGUCCUGGAUACUUCGGAAACAAUUGUUCCCAGACUUGUCCACAUCCAACUUACGGUGAUAAGUGUAAGAACAUCUGCAAUUGUGACACAGAUUCAUGCCAACAUGACGUUGGAUGCAUCAGUAAAAUGGAGAAAACAUCUACGAAACAGGCGACGUCUUAUCAGAAAACGAAAUCAACCAAUAGCACCGACAACUUUAUUUUUACUUCGCUCCGAUUUUCUACAAGUGUUGGAAUUACAUUUAAGGGUGAAACUCACCUAACUGAUAUUUCCACACAUUCCCAUGAUAGAUUUGAAAAUAGAAAUCAAACGUUUUUCUGGGAAGAUCCAAACAGUGGAAAGAGCAAUACAACAAUCCUCAUGGUUACACAAGUGACUGUUGUAGUAAUACUGUUCCUAUUUGUAUGUUUAAUUAUUGUGUAUGUAGUGAAAAAGUCUAGAAAUGCUUGCAAGUUUCUAAAAAAUAAAAACCAGAAAAAGGUAGCUGAUAAAACUGACCAUUACCUUUCCUUAGAAGAUGUAGAACCAUUGCUCUCUUAUGACAUCAUUAACGGUUCACUCUUCAAUGGUCUUGCGGAAGUGAAAAUAAACUUUGACAUGGAACGAAAACAGUACGUACUCGGACUAAGAACACAAAUUGAUGAGAAAGAGCGACAAAGAACAACUUCAAUGAACAAGCAAACUAUGAACACGGUUGAAGUGCUAAAAGCGACAACUGAAGAUGAUGCUUCUUCUUCUAAAGAGUUCACAAGCUAUGACGAACCUACUGGAAAGGUCGACGUAAGAAAGAAUUUCGGGAGACAUGAAUCCACUGCCUCAUAUCUGCUGGUCGUUCCUGAUAACUAUUCUGGCGACUGUACAUCUCGUCCACCUGAGAUAAACUGCAUCGAUAAACAAAAUUGAUAUCAAUGUGCCAACAAUAUUUUAAAGUUUGAAUCUGAAUAAUCUUCAAAAUAGUUGAAUUUUGAUAUGAAAAUGAAAAUCUCUGGAUGUUCCAUAUGCAUUAUGAUGUUUGAUUAAUUUCAAGCC